CUUCCUUGUUGAGCCAUCAUUCUCCCUACUCCACAUCUGACCCCAUCUUUUUGCCCCUCCCUCCUCCCAAUUUAAUCUCUCAUCACCUCUUCCUCCCUCAUCAUUCGCAUCUCUCUCUCUCUCUCUCUCUCUCUCUCUCUCUCUCUCUGUGGGUGCAGAAACAGCUUCCUCUUGACAGGUCUUGACAUGGAGAAGUGCAGGUCCUUCCCGGAGUACUCAUCUUCCUCGACCGGGGGGUUUGGAUAUGAUAACAGGUGCAACUCCUACAGCUUCAACGGUCCCAGUGGGAAGGAUGAUGGCUUUGCCAGCUCCAGCGAUCCCGAGCUGAAGAGGAAGCGGCGUGUCGCCUCUUACAACUCCUUCGCCAUGGAACGCAAGCUCAAGUCUUCGGUGAGGAACAGCUUCAAGUGGAUCAAGAACAAGUUCACCGACGCAGUCUAUGGAGUCUAACUACAUCCCUAUAAACUCCUAUCUCAUCUAUAUAUAUCUAUAAAUCCUUUAUGUUCUUCAUCUUCUUUUUUGGUCUUUCCUCAGCAGGAGAGUCGCUUGCUUGUUCUCUUUCUUGUCAUGUAAGAAACCCCGGUGCUACUUCUCUCUCUCUCUCUCUCUCUCUCUCUCUCUCUCUCUCUCUCAUGAACUGUUUCUUCCUGAUUGAAGGUAAUCAGCUGGUAUUUAUCUUUCAUGUACUUAAGCAAUACAGUUUGUGAACA